AAUGGUAAAUGACGAUAAAUCACUGGAUCCCAACGCUCCAGUAACAACAUUCAAUCAUCUAUCAGUACAUUGUUCACCACAAGGAAAAAAGAUGACCCCAACGGAGUCGGUGCUGGUGGUCGGUCAUUCGAACGUCGUCGCCGAGAAUAAGCCCCCACAAACUAAACGCUCACUUGUUGGAUAACAGUUAACCACAGCGUCGCGCACUAGUGGCGGCUCGGCCGCUUGCCAAUCAUCACUAAACGUGUGCGCCAGGGCAGUGUAAUCAGUUGAAAGCCACAAAACGAACUUUCGGCAGGGGUGCAUCAUCAACACUCACUGACUGUGUGGCUGCUACUUAUUCGGAAGCUGUUGUUGCUCUUGUGGCUGUUGCUGCUACUGCUGCAGUAGGUACCUACUCAUCUCUCACUUCACCACCUCCCAAAUCGAAAGAAAAAAAAUCACGGUGCGCUACCAUCAUCGCCGCCGAGGUUCGUGCACUAGAAAAAUCAAUGUUUCACUAUAUAAACUGGCCGCAGGGAUCUGUCAGGUCGUCAUUUACAGCGGUCCUAGUGACGGUGCGCGAUCGUGUGCUGGAGAUAUUGGAGAUAACGUGCUCUCAACGGCGAUAAGAAACGAUAAAAGGGAAAAGGUGCUGGCGUGGUGAAUUUUCGCGAGUGGAUGUGAACAAAGUUUGGAGGUUUUGCUGACGAACGAAAAAAAAGAAGCAAGAAGUUACACCCAAAGUAUUGCUCAGUGAUCAGCACAGACCCACCUUAGCCAACCAUGAAGAUCAUGAAGUUUCGGGUUCGCGUUUCUCCGCUGGUCGUUCUUCUAGUUUGUAUAGAGGCACUGCACGCACGAUCUGUCUCCGAGCGAAAGCGGGACUUCGAUUACGAGUACGAGUCGGCCAACGCCGGGUCGCUCUAUGCAACCAAAAGUGGCUACAGUGCCGGCAGUGGUCUCCGAUCCAUAGCCCAGGGUUCGGCAGAUCAGGCCAACAAUGCCGUAGCAAAUCAGGUGGCCGCAGCCAAGCAGGCAGCAUACGUGGCCCAAAGUACUCUGGCCCAAGCGGCGGCUCAGGCAGCGGCCACUGCACAAGCCGCCUUGGCAGGAAAACAGGUCCUUCUGCAGGGGCUGGAACAGCAGAGCUUGGAGGCACAUCAGGCCUUGGAGAGUGAAAUCCAGCAGCUUCAUCAGGCCAAGAAGGCAGCUAAAGCGGCACAAUACUCGGCCCAGCAGGCACUCAACCACGUGCAGGUGCUGACCGCGGCGUUGAACAAUGCACAGGUUGCAUCGGAGCAUGCACAGCAGUCGGCAGGGGAAGCGGCAGCCGAGUUGGCCUCGCAGUCACAGAUGGUGGGAAAUGCGAAAGCAAAAGUGGAAUCUAUCGAAGAGCAGCUGAAGGCAGCCCGAGUGGACUUUGAAGCCACCCAGGAGGCAGCUCACAAGGCAUCGUACUCGGCACAGGAGGCUCAGAAGAAUGCAGCUGAGGCGGCUGCCCAUGCGGCAAUUCCGCAUCAGCUGGACAGCCACACUUUGCAGUUCCAAUCGAAGGUCUCGAAACAACAGCAACAGCAAAAUCAUCAUGAAAAUGACGAGAUCAAUAGCGGUGAGAUUGAUGUCAACUCGAACCACAACUUUGGAUAGAUGCUGCCAUUCGUAAGGAUAUUUAGGGUAUAGUUGGAAAAUGUCUAUGUUUUAAUAGAACGAUGCCAGUGCUCGAUAGGCUUAACAAAUUCAAUUGCUGUAAGUCGUUGACUCCAUAUAUAGUGUAACUGCUUUGUAACAAGUUUAGAAUUAUGUCAAUGCUAUGUGCCUGUUACAGUAUUGUCGAAAGAGUAUAUUAAAAGAUGUUUUAUUUUCAAUGAAA